GGAUAGAUCUAUUUCCAUAAAUAAUUGGGAAAAACGUCCAGCGAAUACGCUUGCGCUCGUUCUGGACAGACGAUGGCCCAAAGGGCCGGAGUGAGGUGAUAGAUAGCUGCGCAACGCGCAUGUAAUUUCAAGGGAACCAGACCAGAAGCUGUGAGCUGUGUGCUGUGCUGUGUGUUCGUAUCCGUACGGUAUCCGUUAAAUUAUUAAAGGACUCGUCGCUGUAAUUAUUGUUUAUGAGUGGGAAAAGGAUAUAAACGUGCGAAAGGUAUUCCGCAUUCGCGAACGAGGCAUAGGCAGGCGCUUUUUCAGACUAAUAGUCUGAAAUAAAGUAUAAAGAAAGGCGGACUGCAGCGAGUGCGUCGACUGCGAGAAUCGGAGUAUCCCUAAUGAAAAACGACUAGUUAAUGGUUCGAAUUGUGGGGGGAGACAAAAAUAAAAAUCGGUUAUGUCGUAAAAUUUCGGGAAAAACGUAAAGCACGUGUAGAACUCUGAUAAAACGAUGCUUCUAAGGUUUCGGAAUGUUACUCUUAUUUUUAUUGCAGUUUUGUGUUGCUUAAGUUGUUUUUCAAUUGGAAGUCCCGGAAUAAAUGUCAAAAAGGAUUCACAUUGCUCACUAAGACAGUUCACAUGUGCCAAUAAGAAAUGCAUUCCAAUUCCGUUUGUUUGUGAUGGAGAAAAUGACUGCGAAGAUAACUCCGAUGAAAAUCCAGCUGAAUGUUCCAAAAACGUAACAUGUGGCAAAAAUGAGUUUCGAUGUAAUAAUGGGAAAUGUAUACCUAGUCAUUGGCAGUGCGAUAAUGAUAAAGACUGUAGUGAUAAUAGUGAUGAGGAUGAACAUUUGUGCCAGCUAAAAGUAUGCGGACCUGAUGAGUUUACAUGUAGGUCAGCCCCUGGAGAGUGCGUUCCUUUAACUUGGAUGUGUGAUGAUAAUCCAGAUUGCUCAGAUAGUAGUGAUGAAAAAUCUUGCAAUGAAACAUGUCGAUCGGACGAAUUUACAUGCAAAAACGGCAAAUGUAUCCAAAAGAGAUGGGUAUGUGAUGCCGAUAACGAUUGCGGAGACAACUCAGAUGAAAGUGAGUGCCCUGAAGUGAAGUGUUCCCCAGGAACUGAAUUUCAGUGCACAGAAAGGUUUUGUGUUCCUGGAAAAUGGAGAUGUGAUGGCGAAUAUGAUUGUCUUGAUGGACGCGACGAACAGGGUUGUCCACCUAGACCUUAUCCAACAGUUUGUCUUCCUUCAGAACAUGAAUGCAAUGACCGAAUUACUUGUGUUCACAAAAACUGGCUCUGUGAUGGAACAAAAGAUUGUCCUGAUGGAUCUGAUGAAGCUCCAGCCCAUUGCGCAAACGUAACUUGUCGCUCAGAUCAGUUCCAGUGUGAUGAUAGAUCUUGUAUACCUGGCGCUCUAUUGUGUGAUGGACAUGCUGAUUGUGCAGAUAGAAGCGAUGAGCAUGAAUGUGCUGCCUCUGCUCCGAUCUGUGACGUGACAACACAUUUUUCAUGUGGCCCUGGAGGACCAUGCAUACCUUUAUCUAAAGUUUGCGAUGGAAAACCAGACUGCUCAGCAUGGGAAGAUGAACCUCGUGGAAAAUGUGGUAUUGAUGAAUGCUCACAAGAUAAUGGAGGAUGUGCACAUCGCUGUGUAGAUACACCAGCAGGAUUUAGAUGCGAGUGUCGGCCAGGGUUUGCUCUAGCAGCUGAUAACCGCACUUGUCGAGAUAUUGAUGAAUGUCAAAUAGAAGGAACUUGUUCUCAAAUAUGUAUCAACGAUAAAGGGGGAUUCAAAUGCGAAUGCCUACCCGGAUAUGCGAGAGACCCUAGAGAUCAUACCAGAUGUAAAGCAGUAGAAGGUCAUGCCUCUUUAUUAUUUGCAAGGAGACGUGAUAUCAGAAAAAUAUCAUUGGAUCAUCAUGAAAUGACUAGCAUUGUUAAUGAAACUAAUUCGGCGACAGCAUUAGAUUUUGUUUUUAGAACUGGCAUGAUAUUUUGGAGUGAUGUCGCUGAUAAAAAAAUUUAUAAAGCUCCUAUUGAUGAAGGAAACGCGAAAACUGUGGUGGUGUCAGAUGAAGUAACAACCUCCGAUGGCUUAGCUGUAGACUGGGUAUAUGAGCAUAUUUAUUGGACAGAUACUGGUACUAAUACAAUCUCUUUGGCUAACUUCGACGGACAAAUGAGAAAAGUAUUAAUUCAAGAUGAACUAGAAGAACCUAGAGCUAUUGCAGUCGAUCCUUCAGAAGGAUGGAUUUUUUGGACUGAUUGGGGUCAAGACCCAAGAAUUGAACGUGCUGGAAUGGAUGGAUCUCACAGGCAGCCUAUUGUUACGUAUGAUGUAAGGUGGCCAAACGGACUUACUUUAGAUCUAGUCAAAAAGCAUCUAUAUUGGGUAGAUGCCAAACUUAAUACUAUUUCCGUGUGCGAUUGGGAUGGUCGUAAUAGAAAGCUCAUAUUGUUUUCUAUCACCGCUCUGCGUCAUCCGUUUUCAAUCACAACAUUUGAAGACUGGCUUUACUGGACUGACUGGGAUAGAGCAGCUGUAUUUCGCGCCAACAAAUUUACAGGCAAAGAGCUGGGACCAGUCACUGCAACAGAAAUGGUUCAGAACCCUAUGGUUAUCCACGUCUAUCAUCCGUAUCGCCAGCCAGAUACUGAGAAUCACUGUCAACCAGUAAAUGGUCACUGUUCGCAUUUAUGUUUACCUGCUCCGCGUGUUAGUCCCCGUGCUCCUCUAAUUUCAUGUGCCUGUCCAGAAGGAUUAAGGAUGCUUUCUGAUGGUCUGACUUGCGUACAGGACGGUAGUACGAAUCGGUCCAAAUCUGGCAGCGGUACUAGCCCACCCGAGGCGCCUGAUAAUGAAGGUGUGGCCUAUUUAUCGAUUUUCAUUAUUUUGGGUGUCAUAAUAACUUUAGCUACAGGGUCAUGGUUUAUCUAUCGACACCUAAUGCACCGCAACGUAACCUCUAUGAAUUUCGACAACCCAGUUUACAGGAAAACGACUGAGGACCAGUUUUCUUUGGAAAAGAAUAACUAUCCAACCGUGCAAAGGCCAUAUUUAAGUACUGUAGGAGAAGAGGCACAACAACCGCUUACAAAUGGUCAGCAUGAUCCCGUUUAAAUCUAGUGGAUGCUCAAUUGAACACUAUGCUCAUUUCAAACUAUUGUGGACGAUUUUUCAGUAAAACCUUCAUGAAAACGGACCUUCUGUGACGUUUAAUAACUAUUAGGCAAUUUAGAAUAUUGUUAGUCAGGUGAUUUAUAAGUUUAAAUUAAAAAUAAGACACUCCAUUUGGCCAAAUAAUACUCUCUAGAUGAUUUUAGACCGCAUUUUAUUAGGUUUUGGGAAGUAAUUUUUAAAAUAAAAUCAAAAAAAGAAAAACAUUUUGGGUUUUUGUUGUAUAAUCCAAAUUUGAUUUGAGAGGCCAGUGGAAAAUGUAGUACAGAUUUAGUUUCUAUUUAUUCUUCAAGGGUUUAAAAAAAUUUGGUUCCUAUUUUAUGAUGAUAGGUAUAUUGAGUUUUUAAAUGGAAAAGUCAGUUUUGGAACUUGAAGAAAAACAUUCACCAUAUGCUUUAGAAUUAGAAAGUCCAUGUGAUCAUUGUAAGACCUCAAAUUGCAUAUGGAUUUAUGAUCUUUGUAUGUAUGCUAUAUUUUUUACUGAAAGUCCAGCUAAUAUUGGAUGAUUUUAAAGAAAUCUAUACAUUUCUUCAUACUCUUGGAAAGAGUUUUUGUAAAGCAAGGCGUAUUUAAAUAUAAGACAUCCAUAAUACUCUUUAGAGAUUCAUAUGUUAGCUUAAUAUUUCUUUGUUACAAGUGGCAAAUAUUCUGUGAUUAAUUUAUUUAUGUACGUUUACACAUAAGAUGUUUUUUACUAUUUAGAUUGAUUUUUAAAUUAUUAUUUUUAUUUAUAUUGUCUGUUCAAAAAAAAAAUACUGAAAAUGCAAUAUAUGUAUUGAAAGUACAAUUUUAUA